AACUGAGAUCAGCCUUGUCUUGUUUCUCUGUGAGCAGGAGCAGAUACUAGGUCUCAAGACUUACCGCUCUCAUCCUGAUCCAGACUGAACAGAACCUCCUUCGGCAGCGUGAAGCUCACACACAUCAUGUCUUUAUUCGGUGCCACGUUUCUGACAAAGUGCACGGAACACCGUCCGUCCAGAGGGAAGCCGAGAUUCUGGGAUGCUCUCCUCACCACGUCCUCCUCUGGGUUCUGAUCUUUGGAGAAGCCGUAGCAGUGGACGGUGGGGAGCUUGUUGUAUUCCGGGUCCUGCUGGGGCAGCAGUCCUUUAAAUGCGUCAAGGAAGUCCAGAGCCAGCGCAGGCAGGUUCAUCACCACGUGGACGUUGGCGUUCGACAGCAGCAGAGCCGGCAGUUGCUGGCACAGCGGGCCGCGCACAAACUCUCGUCCGUCCAGGUUGAAGCAGCGGACUCCCCCCGACACCUUGUUGACUCGGCUAUUGUGCUGCAGCCACCGGAAAGACUCUGGGUUCAGGUCAUUUGCGUACACUUCAGCGCCGGCUCGGGCGGCCGGGAUGGCGAAGGGUCCGACCCCCGCAAACACGUCGAAGACCGUGUCGCCACGCUUGACCAGCUGAACCACACGCUGGUGCUCGGUGCUCAGGCGCGGGUUCCAGUAGACUCGAGAGAAGUCGAACUCGUACGUGACCCCGUUCUCCUUCACCUGCAGAAGAGACAUCUGUUCAGCGGGACCAUGUCCUCCUGGAGUCAGAGCUACGCUCAGGCUCCACUUACUUUGGCCAACAUGUCCUCUUCACCGGCCAGAACCUCCAUCUUGAAGUUUCGGUAAGUGGUAUCGAUCACGUUGGUCUUGUUGACAACACAAGUCACCCCGGGGUUCUUGUCCAUCAUGACCUGACCUGCAGCACAGUGUUUGACUUUGCAACAAACGGCUACAAAAUCUUCCCUCGCAUUCUCCUGCCCAGACCUGAAGAAGCCCAGCCUCAACAACUGCUUGCCCAUCAAAACUCACCGAUGACCGUCUUGUACGGCAGCUGGUGGUCCCGCAGGUUCAUGUGGAUAAUGUGUCCAACCCGACUGAAGCCUGAAGACACGUCCUGACCUGGCGGCAGUAUGGCCUCCAGCACCUCCUCGCUCUUCAGGUUCUCGUAGGUCAGGGUCAGCUGGUGGAACCGCAGCUCCAUGGGGACGUCGAAGGACCUGAGCGCCUCCACUUCCGCUGCACUGAAGGAGUCCGUGGAUGUCACUCUGCGGGGGUCCAGCAGAAUUAGACGCUCAUCCUCGCUCCCUGCAUUCACGACCCGUGCGAUCCCAGGGCGCUGGAUCGUGGACUUCCUCAAACUCUUGAUAACUUUGUUGAGGACCCGGGUGGAGACACAGAGGGCCGGGACUGAGACGCUCUGAGUGAAGGCCUGUUUGUCGAGAGAGGUCAUCCCUCUGACCUCAGGAGGAACCCGGUACAGUUUUGCAUCCAUGACCACAGGCUUGACCAUGAAUCCAGUUGCACACAAACUUGAAUCUGAUGAUCUCAGCUUGAUGUGAGUCUGUGAAUUUUUAAAGACUCUGCUGAGGUACCUACGUGGGCAGAAAGGUGAAGCAGACGGUCAGUUUCACUUCAUAAACGUCAGGAUCUUGGUUUUAAUACUCGUUUCUUUAUUAAUUAUAGCAAGCCCGUCACAGUUGACAUACGGCAUCAUUGAUUCCGACAACAAACGCUAUGAAAUGAACGUUAAAUAUUUGAAUCCUGGCUUGAAUAGGAAAGAAAUAUCACCUCAGCGCUCACCUCAACAUCCUCCGUCCUCAGCAUGCUGGCAACGUCAUCAACUAGAGCCCCUCACGGCGGCCUCUGAUUGGUCAGGGAAUAUGCUUACGCAGAACACUGCGACGGAAACUGUUGUCACGUGACGUGGUAACACCAACAACAGGAAGCGGUCAAUAUGCCGGCGCAGCUUAAAUUCACAAGUUAGAGCAGCUUGGCAGAUUUCAACUUGUGCUGUGAAAAUGAGCAUCAACGGAGAAGUGUGCCGCCAAGAUGUUGCAGCAGAGGAUGAAGCCACACCGUUGCUGUCAAGUCAGGAGGCGCCAUCUAGAGUCAGAGGAGCCUCCUUCACCUCUUCCGUGUUCAACCUAAUGAACGCCAUCAUGGGCAGCGGGAUACUUGGACUGGCAUACGCCAUGGCCAACACGGGUAUCGUUGGCUUCUGCAUUUUGUUAGUUCUGGUGUCCACCAUGGCGGCGUACUCCAUCCAUCUACUUCUGAAGCUCUGUGAUCAAACAGGUAUCACCUCGUAUGAAGACCUGGGCCUGCGAGCCCUGCACAGACCCGGGAAGGUGAUUGUUGCGAUCUCCAUCCUCAUCCAGAACAUGGGAGCAAUGGCUUCGUACCUGUUCAUCCUGAAGUCAGAGCUUCCCGCCUCCAUCACCAGCUUCCUGAGCUCGGACACUCCUCGGGACGUGUGGUACCUGGACGGCCGCGUGCUCCUGGUCCUCAUCGCAGUGUGUGUGGUUCUCCCUCUGUCCAUGCUGACCAAGAUCGGCCUCCUGGGCUACACGAGCAGCCUGGCCUUCUUCUUCAUGCUCUACUUCACAGCGGUGGUCGUGAUCAAGAAGUGGUCCAUCCCCUGCCCACUGCCACUGAACACCUCAUUGGACUUGGGUGUGGACCAGUUUGCCCAGAACUCCUCUGACCCUGAGUGUUCCCCCAAACUCUUCGUGUUCUCCAGCAAAAGCGCCUACGCCAUCCCCACCAUGGCCUUCUCCUUCCUCUGCCACACAGCCAUCCUGCCCAUCUACUGCGAGCUGGACCGACCCUCCAAGUCCAGGAUGCAGAAGGUCUCCAACGUUGGCAUCAGCCUGAGCUUCCUGGUGUACCUGGUGUCGGCUCUGUUCGGCUACCUGACCUUCUACUCUCAUGUGAACUCUGAACUGCUGCAGGGCUACCACUACCUGCCGCGGGACAUGGUGGUGCUGACGGUGCGGCUGGCCAUCCUGCUGUCAGUGCUGCUCACUGUCCCGCUCAUUCACUUCCCGGCACGUAAAGCCGCCAUCCUGCUGCUGUGUGGAAGCGACGCCUUCUCCUGGCUGAUCCACGUCACUGCCACCAUCGUCAUCCUCGGCGUGGUGCUCACUAUGGCCGUGCUGGUCCCGGACAUCAAGAACGUGUUUGGAGUGGUGGGGUCCACCACCUCCUCUUUGCUGCUCUUCGUUUUCCCCGGAAUCUUCUACUUCAGGAUCAGCAACGAGCCGCUCAGAUCUCCGGACACAUUCGGGGCGGCCAUCCUGGUGGUGCUGGGCGUGUUGAUGGGAGCCGCCAGCUUCUCCGUCAUCGUCAUCACCUGGGUGCAGAGCUCGUAGCUGCUGCUGCUGCUGCUGCUGCUGCUGAAGGUUCACCAGAUCCUGCCGAAGAGAUCCAGGAGCAAGUUUUAACCUUCAGAGAAUUGACCUCUUCACGGAGCAGGACUCUAACUAGUCAUUCCUUUGGUUCGAUCGCUGGUCUUGCAGCUGCUGAUCGACCCUCGACGCACGUCCGCGGUGGCCCCCACUCUCCACCUCACGCCCCUCCCUCACGGUUCCAGGAUAAUCAGAGCCACAUGUCCGGUCCGGUUCCAAUCACGGAGCUUGUUUAGACUCACGCAGCCGCCGACUGCUGCGUCUAAUCCCGGGAAUUACCUUGAUCCAACCCAGAGUCCCGGAACUUCACACUCUGGAGGAGGAGCUCAACAGCGGUGCACCAAAGCUCAAUCUACCUUUCUAAUUUAAACUGAGUGGAAAUGAUGCUGCUGAAUAUUGUUUAAUCUGUUGAAUU